AUGCCUGAGGGCCAGCUGGGCUCACUGGCGCGAGCUGCCACCGCGGUGACCGCGGGUGUGGCCUACGCCGCCCUCAGUAGGGAAUCGGUAAAGGUAGAGAAAGAAAAAAAGAAGGAUGCGGAAGUAAAAAUUAGCAAGGAGAAGGUGAAAGAGAAAGGGAAGGAAGAGGAGAAAAGGAAAUCUGUAGAGGUGAAAAGCAAGGGGAAAGAGAACGGGAAGGAAGAAGAGAAAAGGAAAAGCGUGGACAUGAAAACCAAAGAGAACGGGAAGGAGAAAGGGAAGGAAGAAGAAAAGAGGAAGAGUAAACAACAAAAAAGCAAAAACAAACAAACAAAAACAUAAGGGAGGAAUCUUGAGACAAGUAAGCAGAUCCUAGUACUAGGCCUGGAUGGUGCAGGAAAGACCAGUGUCCUCCACUCUCUGGCUUCCAACAGAGUCCAGCACAGCUUGGCGCCCACCCAAGGUUUCAAUACAGUUUACAUCAACACUGAGGACAGGCAGAUGGAGUUCCUGGAGAUUGGUGGCAGUGAGCCGUUCCGCUCCUACUGGGAUAUGUACCUGCCCAGGGGACGGCUGCUGAUCUUCGUGGUGGAUUCAGCCGACCACAAACGAUUACCGGAAGCCAAGAAAUGCCUUCAUCAGUUAAUUGAACCAAAUCCAGGGCUCCCUCUGGUUGUGUUUGCAAACAAACAGGAUCUUGAAGCAGCCUAUCACAUUACAGACAUCCACGACGCUUUGGCACUGUCUGAAGUGGGGAAUGACAGGAAGCUGUUCUUGUUUGGAACUCAGGUGACCGAGAAUGGCUCAGAGAUACCCUCCACCAUGCAAGAUGCCAAAGACCUGAUUGCACAUCUGGCCACAAAUAUGUAGAAGUGACUAGGACGCGGCCCAGUACUCAACUCACCAUCAAACCAUCACCAAAGAGAGCUGAAUGGCAGGCUUAAGCCCAAUAAAAAAUAAGCCAUUUCCUAUUCUCUCAAUGCAAAGCGUAUAUACGGAGAAUGCGAAUUCA